AUCGUUUUUUAUUAUGAGAGGCUGGGAUUUGGGAAUAUACCUCUAUGUGCAUCUUGCUGUAUUAAGAAGGAGGAAAGGCCAUGGAGGCUAUAUCUUCUCAUUCUACCCAACACUAUACGUCAGAGCAGCAUAUACAAUGUUUAUUCCUGAAAGAGAUACCAAGAAGAUAUGGAAGCUGUGGCUUUGAGAAUCUACAAUUAACAGAAGACUGGGAAAGUGUGGGUGAGUGUAAGGAGCAGAAAGGAUGCUAUAAUGAACAUAACCAAUGUUCAAUGACUACAUAUAGCAAGAUCUUCCAGUGUAAUGAAAGUUUGAAAGUCUUCAGGGAAUUGUUUAACCCAAAUAGACAUAAGGUGAGACAUACCGUAGAGAAACGUUUUAAAUGUAAAGAAUGUGGAAAAGCCUCUAUCCAAUGCUCACACACUACUGAACAUAAAAUAACUUCUAAUACUAAGGAACGUUAUAAAUUGAGAGAAUGUGGCAAAGUCUUUAAUCAGUACUUAUGCCUUACUAAACAUAAGAAAACUCAUACUGGAGAAAAAGCAUACAAAUGUGAAGAAUGUGGCAAAGCCUUUAACCAUAACUUGCUCCUUAUUGCACAUAAGAGAAUUCAUAUAGGAAAGAAACCCUACCAAUGUGAAGCAUGUGGGAAGGCCUUUACACAGUGUACAUACAUUACUCAACAUAAAAGAACUCACACUGCAGAGAAACCAUGCAAAUGUGAAGAAUAUGGCAAAGCCUUUAACCAGUCCUCAAGCCUCAUUUUACAUAAGACAAUUCAUACUGGAAAGAGACCCCACAAAUGUCAAGAAUGUUGCAAAGCUUUUAGCUCAUGCCCUACCCUUAAUUUGCAUAAGAGAAUUCGUACUGGAGAUACACCGUACAAAUGUGAAGAAUGUGGCAAAGCCUUUACGUGGUCCUCAGAUCUUAAAAGUCAUAAGAGAAUUCAUACUGGAGAGAAAUCCUACAAAUGUGAAGAAUGUAGCAAAGCCUUUUACCGGACCUCACUCCUUAUUGCACAUAAGAGAAUUCAUACAGGAGAGAAACCCUACAGCUGUGAAGAAUGUGGCAAAGCUUUCAGCUGUUGCUGAAAUCUUAAAAGACAUAAGACAAUUCAUACUGGAGAGAAAACCGCACAAAUGUGAAGAAUGUGGCAAAGCUUUCAGCUGUUGCUGAAAUCUUAAAAGACACAAGAUAAUUCAUACUGGAGAGAAACUACACAAAUGUGAAGAAUGUAGCAAAGCCUUUAACCGGCCGUCACAUCUUAUUGCACAUAAGAUAAUUCAUACAGUAGGGAAACCCUACAAAUGUGAAGAAUGUGGCAAAGCCUUUACCUGGUGUACUUCCCUUACUCAGCAUAAAAGAACUCAUAAUUGAGAGAAGCCAUACAAAUAUAAAGAAUGUGGGAAAGCCUUUAACCAGCCCUCAAGUCUCAUUGCACACAAGACAAUUCAUACUGGAGAGAGACCCUACAAAUGUGAAGAAUGUGGCAAAGCUUUUAGCUCUUGCUUUACCCUUAAUUUGCAUAAGAGAAUUCAUACUGGAGAUACACUAAACAAAUGUGAAGCAUGUGGCAAUGCCUUUAAGUGGUCCUCAGUUCUUAAAACUCAUAAGAUAAUUCAUACAGGAGAGAAACCCUACAAAUGUGAAGAAUGUGCCAAAGCCUUUAAGUGGUUCUCAGCCUUUAUUGCAAAUAAGAGAAUUCAUACAGGAGAGAGACCCUACAAAUGUGAAGAAUGUGGCAGAUAUUAACUGGUUCUCAAAUCUUAAAAGACAUGAGAAAAUACAUUCCAGAGAGAAACCAUAGAAAUGUGAAGAAUAAGAAUGUGAAGACAGUAGUACAGAAUACACCUCAGGCCUGGGGCCCAGCUGUGUGAUCUGGGAAAAGUCACUUCUCUUCUGGGCCUCAUUUUUAAUUCUGCUAAAGUAAGAAAUUUAAAUUAAAUGAAAUCCAAAUAUAUUCAUCCUCUGAAAUCAAACCUUCCAAUGCCUUCCCAUUAUAUUUAGAGUCAGAUUCAUGUUCCUCAUCUCAGCCUAUGUACUUGCCACCUCCACAAAGGCUCACAGCAAUCAGUGUUUAGUGAGUCACUUUGAACUAACAAAACACCACACAAAUGAUCAGCUAUUACUUAUGUGUUAGUUCAGGCUGCUAUAGCAAAAACAAACAAACAAACAAAAAAACAAAACAGAGUUUAACUGCACACAGGCUGAAAGUUCAAGAUCUGGCUGUGAGCAUGGCUAGGCUCUGGUGAGGACUCUACUCUUAGUUGCAGACUUCAGGUUUUAUAUUCACCUGGCAGACAGAGAAGAGAGGUCUCUGGGGUUUUGUGUAGAAAGCCAGUAAUCCCAAGCAUGGCGGUUCCACCCUUGGACCUAAUAAUUUACUAGGGGACUCAUCUCCUAAUUCCAUCACAUUGGAGACAAAAAGUAUAACAUAUCAAUUUUUGGAGGACAGUCCAUUUUGAGUUCCAUAAAUUAAUGAUGAACAAAGCUAUUAUUUCCCUCUAAUUUCCUUUCUCACAUGUUCUAUCCACUAAAGUUUCCCUCUCUCCAGUGUAUUCUUAACGUUGGUGAAGCAAGCAUUAGUACUAUGAACUGCUUUUCGUAGAUCCUGAAUGGUGAAGAAUUGAGGGAGUGACAAUAAAAGAACGAAUAGAAAAUCAGGCUCAGUCUACAUGGAUUCCUCCCAAUCCCCACAUGUGUGAGCUUGGAAGCUGAUUAUUUCACAAUCCAAUGUCAACUGAGACCACAGCCCCAGACUCUUUGGAGAGCUAGAGGCAGAGGCACCUGAUAAGUUGUGCCCUAACUGUGAGAAACAAAUAGUAAGGUGUUAGGUAUUGUCUAAACGUGGUAAAUUUGGGGGCAGUGUUUUCAUAGAAGAACAGGCCACCUCCCUCAUCUUGCAGCCUCAGGAUUCUCCAUUUGCUCCUCUCUCCACAAGGCUCCCUCUACCCACACUGUCCUUUUUCUAAUCUCCUCUGAAAAGUCAUUUCUACCUGUGACUGGCUACUCCAGGGGUGGCACAUCUCUGAAACUCAGUUUUCAGACUUUGAUAGUUGCAGAUCUUUUCAUUCCGAUCAAAGGAUUUCACUUUGUGAAAGUGAAGGCAUUGUGGACCCACACCACACAGUGAUUUCAUCGCCUUUCCUGCUUUCCUUAAGCUUUAUUUUCACUAUAGCAGUUAUUCUCUUUAUUCACAUGAACUUGCUUAAGUACAGAAUGUUGUGAGAAGGGUUUAUGGACACCUUGCUGUAAUAUAAUGAACAUAUCUCAUCUGGAAAUUUUCUAAGAACAGCUGAAGUUCUACCCUGAGCUCGCUCGCUUAUUCCAAAAGCACGUCUUCCAAAAUGCUGUAAUUUAACAUUUGCACACACACAAAGGUGGAAACUCUCGGUUUUGUAGGAAAGCAAGUUGGCUCCUGUGUUCUUCAGUCAAAUUCAAUGUUUGGGAUUCUGUUGUGCAUAUAUCACUGUCUGGGUCACCUGAACACAACAUGGUGUGAUUCAGUAAAGAGGAAUUGAUAAUUCCAGACUCGGAUGAUUGAUGAAACUCAUUCUCUCUCUCUCUCCCUCUCUCCCUCUCCCCCAUUACUCCCUCCCUUCCUCUCUUGCUAGCUCUCAGGCACCAUGUAUGGGUCCAUUCUCACAACAUCUCAAGGUAGCUCAACAGACAAAUGAAAAAACGAAAUCUUAAUAUUUACCAUAACCAGCUCACAGCCCCUCAAAAUUCCUUCUAGAGCCUCAAGCUAUUCCUCAGAGGCUCCUAGACAGACAGCGGGGUGGUUAAUCCUAGGUCUCCAUUUCUUCCCACAAACAACACCUCAGGCAAACAAUGACAUGCCCUAGUAUAGUGGCAUUAUGUUUCAGAGGUAUAAAAACCACCACCAAGAAAAGUUCUCACAACGACCUGAUAACUACUGCCAGCCAUUACUAAUUUACCACUUAUCCCCACAAGGCAGCGUGCCCCUUGGUCUCUUACUUUUAAAAACCAUGUAAUCUCUGUGUCUUUUCCCCACUCCCGCUUCUGUCAACCAGUACUUCUCUCUUUCACUAUAACUCUGACUGUCUCGCUCCCUCUCAUUGUCUGUAUCUCAUUCAGAUUACCUCUGGCUUCCUAGAGGGUUAAAUGAAAUUCUUACAUAAAUGAGUCUAUGCAUGAGGAAUUAUUCUCCACUCAUUCCACGAGGACUUUGACUAGACUUUCCACCCUCACAUGGAGAUCACAUACAAUACAUUUUUCUGAAUAAUAAUUUCCACCUGUGAAUGCCAAAUAUUGAAUGAUGGUUUUCAUUGGGUUCCUAAUGGGUUAUUCAGGGCUAUCUUCAAGGCAAAGUUCCUAGAGAGCAGGUUGUUCUGUGCCCCACCAUUACCAUGCUGGUUAGGGCUGAAUGCUUAAUGAAGGGCACCUUCAGAGUUUAUAUAAGCCCAGGGUGGGACCUGCAGGUUGGGUUUGCAUAAGUCCCCUGAGGAGGCAUUGAAGGAGCUAGGCACAGCUCUCUGUGGAAACUGGGUGCCAUACUCCCAUGAUACGUUUUACCCAAUCUCCAGAGAAUGCUCUCACAAGUGGAUCCCACCACAGGAGAAUUGUUUUAAGCUUGAAUGAAAACAAAAAAAUGCAAGGGUGCUUCCAGCUGAGCCCCUAAUCUGGUGUGAGUACCAGAGAGAAACUGACAGACAAGAUGAGCAUUCUGGAACCAUGAAUACAUGUUUGGAUCCAAAACCAGACAACCUAGCUCCAAAUGCAGAAAGAAAGCGCAAUCCUACUUUGGGGGUCAGGGAAACAUGCCCCCCUAUAGAAGGAAACCCACUACUAUCACGACAUCCAAGGCAGUCUUCUGACUUGAGGCUUUGAGGACCAUCAUAUGCCACUGAUUGCCACCAGGGAUGAGCUGGGAAAACAUGCGUUCCAGGGCCUAGAAUUCCGAUGUGUGUUAAAAAACACAUCACAAACCCGAGACACUGGCCCAGGAGGUCGGCAUUCCGGAGGUCGGCAUUCACAAAUCCAAGAGACUGGCACAGGAGGUCGGCAUUCCGGAGCCUCGAAUACACGUUUGGUUCCAAAACCAGAGAUCCUGGCUGCGGAAGCAGAAGCGAGCGCAAGCCCAGGCUUGGUCUCAGGGGGGCCUGCCCAAAGAAGGCCCACGGAAGCGCACCACCAUCACGGCAUCCCAGCUGGCUCUUCUCCUUCAAGCCUUUGACGACAAUCGCUUCCCGGGAGUGGCCGCCAGGGAGGAGUUGGCGAAACAGACGGGCCUUCCAGAGUCCAGAAUUCAAAUCUGGUUUCAGAAUCGAAGGGCCAGACAUCCGGGCCCGAGCAGACAGGGACCUCCCGCUUGCCUGGAGCCAGACGCACGUCAGACACCCGGGCUCACUGUGCAGCUGCACCGAGGGGCCCCUCCUCUUCCCGCCCCCAACUGCUUCAGCCCCAGCCUGUCCUUCACACUGGCUCUGCCUGCUCAGCCUGGGGCCCCUGGCCAGGCCGUGACUCAGCAAGAGCCAUCACAGCUUGGGAAACGGUGGGGCUGGACAGAGGGGCCCCAGGAGGUUGAGGGGGGCAGGCAACCGGAGCAAGGGGCUGCAGGCUUCCUGCAGCCCACUCAGGGGGGGCACACGUGGGGCAAGAGCCGACAGGCCCCGGUGAAGAUCCUUCUCCCGAGCCUGAGCGACAGCAAGCGGCACCACCCAGCUGGAGCCCUUUGGAUUAGCUCUUGUCGGCCCUGGACUUUCAGAGAGAAGCACAGCCUUUCCCCAGUCUUGCUGCACGGGACGAGGACCUUCCACCACCCGAGCCACCCCUCAGCGAGGAAGAAUUUCAGCAUCUGCUGCACAUGCUUCACAGCUCAACGGGGUGUCCCCUGCAGGAGGAGACAUUCCCCCACUUUUGAGAAAGCAACAGCGCAUGCAGGGGAUGGGCCAGUUCCCCGACAAUGCACAAUAAAGCUGCCUGGAGCUGAAUUCUCAUCCCAAGGGUCUCUGUCAUCUCAAAUCAUUGCGAUCCUUCUCUCUGUCUCUCUCUCAGUCUCUCCCUCUCUGUCUCUGACUCCCUUGUAGAGUUGUGUCUGUCUGUGUGCGGGGUGUGGGUGGAUGCGUGUGGCCGUGUACCACGUUCCCUCCUUCAGAAACCCGAUCUCGUUUCCUUUGCUCUGGGAAACGUAGCCUUCCCUCGACUCGUGUCCAAAGCGCGUCUGUCUUCCCAAUGCUCUAACUUGUCUUCUGCACACACGCAAAGUGGAAACUCUCGGUUUUGGAGGACAGAAGGUUAGCUCCCGUGUUCUUCAGUCAAAUUCCAUGUUUGGGACUCCGCUGCGCAUCUCUAUCACUGCCUUGGGCACCUGAGCACAACACCGUGGCAUUCAGUGAAGGGGAAUAGAUAAGCCCACACUCGGAUGAUUGAUGAUCCCUACCCUGGAAACUCUCAGACUCGUUUCUUCGAGGAUUUUGCCCACAUCAACAGGCAGAGUUUCAUAUUCUACGGAAUUUGGUGUGAUCAAGUGUUUAGGGACAGCCUUGCUGUCACCAAAGGAACAUAGCUCAUCACACAAUU